AUGGAUGUUUCUUCCUCUUCGACAAGUCACACUGAAUUCGAUUACUUGUUCAAGCUUCUUAUGAUUGGUGAUUCUGGAGUUGGAAAGAGCACGCUGCUUCUCAGAUUCACUUCUGAUAAUUUCGAGGAUCUUUCUCCCACUAUCGGUGUAGAUUUCAAAGUUAAAUAUGUUACACUUGGUGGAAAAAAGUUAAAACUUGCUAUUUGGGACACAGCUGGACAGGAAAGGUUUAGAACACUUACAGGUUCAUAUUAUAGAGGUGCACAAGGAAUAAUUAUGGUAUAUGAUGUAACGCGGCGGGACACCUUUACAAAUCUAUCUGACAUAUGGGCUAAAGAAAUUGACCUAUACUCAACAAAUCAAGAUUGCAUCAAGAUGCUUGUAGGGAACAAAGUUGACAAGGAAAGUGAAAGGGUUGUUACCAAAAAGGAAGCGGUGGACUUUGCAAGGCAAUAUGGAUGCCUUUAUACUGAAUGCAGUGCAAAAACUCGAGUUAAUGUUGAGCAGUGUUUUGAAGAGCUUGUAAUGAAGAUUUUGGAUACACCCAGCCUCUUGGCCGAGGGCUCAUCUGGUGUGAAAAAGAACAUCUUCAAGCAGAAACCCCAAGAAUCUGAUGCAUCAACUAGUAGCUGUUGCUCAUGGUGA